CUCCUUUUUUGUAUUUCCUCUCUCCGCACUCGUCUCACAAUCUCCGCAGACGACAUGGACCUGGAAGUGCUGAUGUGCGCGGCGCUUUCCAUCCUCCACGCGUUUGCGCUCUAGCCGUGCGCUCCCAGGGCCCCGACGCGCGUCCCGCUCAGUGACCGAGGAGAGGUGAAGGUGGAGGGACGGUGGGGAGGAGGAGGAGAGAGAGGGGGGGGCAAAGAGAGACUGAUAUUAUUUUGACAUCGCCGUGAAGGAGAGCGAGGAGGAGGAGGAGGAGGUGGUGGUGGAGGAGGUGGAGGAGGUUGGAGGGGGACACAAGUAGAGACCGAGAGACCACACAGUCGUGACAGCAGAGGCCGUUUCAGGAUAUCGGACAACAGAGAGUGGCUUUUUUUUGGUGUGUGUGUCCUCCAUCAUGGCGAGUGACUCUCCAGCUCGGAGUCUGGAUGAAAUCGACCUAUCAGCUCUGAGGGAUCCCGCCGGCAUCUUUGAGCUGGUCGAGCUGGUGGGAAAUGGCACCUACGGGCAAGUGUACAAGGGUCGCCAUGUUAAGACGGGGCAGCUGGCAGCCAUCAAGGUCAUGGAUGUCACCGGGGACGAGGAAGAGGAGAUUAAAGCAGAAAUUAACAUGCUGAAGAAGUACAGUCACCACCGGAACAUCGCCACCUACUACGGAGCUUUCAUCAAGAAAAACCCUCCUGGCAUCGAUGACCAGCUCUGGCUGGUCAUGGAGUUCUGUGGCGCCGGCUCGGUGACAGACCUGAUCAAGAACACCAAGGGCAACUCUCUGAAGGAGGAGUGGACCGCUUACAUCUGCAGAGAGAUUCUCAGGGGUCUGACUCAUCUCCAUCAGCACAAGGUCAUCCACAGAGACAUCAAGGGACAGAACGUCCUGCUGACUGAGAACGCAGAGGUCAAACUAGUGGACUUUGGUGUUUCGGCCCAGCUGGACAGAACAGUCGGAAGGAGGAACACGUUUAUCGGGACGCCAUAUUGGAUGGCGCCGGAGGUCAUCGCCUGUGACGAGAAUCCCGACGCCACAUAUGACUUCAAGAGCGACUUAUGGUCGCUGGGAAUCACAGCGAUAGAGAUGGCCGAAGGAGCACCACCACUGUGUGACAUGCACCCAAUGAGGGCUCUCUUCCUCAUUCCACGCAACCCGGCCCCCAGACUCAAGUCAAAGAAGUGGUCGAAGAAGUUCCAGUCCUUCAUAGAGAGCUGUCUGGUGAAGAGCCACAGCCAGAGACCCAGCACAGAGCAGCUCCUCAAACACCCGUUCAUCAGAGACCUGCCCAACGAGAGGCAAAUCCGCAUCCAGCUGAAGGACCACAUCGACCGCACCAAGAAGAAGAGGGGCGAGAGGGAUGAGACAGAGUACGAGUACAGUGGCAGCGAAGAGGAGGAUGAAGAAAGAGACAUGGGUGAACCAAGCUCCAUUAUCAACAUCCCUGGUGAGUCGACCCUGAGGCGAGACUUCCUGCGCCUGCAGCUGGCCAAUAAGGAGCGUUCGGAGGCACAACGACGGCAACAGCUGGAGCAGCAGCAGAAUGAGGAGCACAAGCGCCUGCUGUUGGCCGAGCGGCAGAAACGCAUCGAGGAGCAGAAGGAGCAGAGGAGGCGGCUAGAAGAGCAGCAGCAGCGAGAGCGCGAGCUGAGGAAGCAGCAUGAGAGGGAACAGAGGAGACGCUACGAGGAAAUGGAGCAGCUCCGUAGAGAGGAGGAGAGGAGGCAUGCGGAGAGAGAACAGGAGUACAAGAGGAAGCAGAUUGAGGAGCAGCGACAGGCAGAGCGGCUACAGAGGCAGCUCCAGCAGGAGAGAGCCUACCUGGUGUCUCUACAGCAGCAGCAGCAGCAGCAGCAACAGCAGCAGCAGCAGGAGGGAAGGCAAGCAGAGAAGAAGCCGCUUUACCACUACAAGGAUGUCAUCAAUCCUAAUGACAAGCCCGCCUGGGCUAAAGAGGUCCUGAAGCAGCAGCAUGCUCACGGUAACCCACCUCGCUCCCACCUUCGACAUCACCAGUCAUUCAACCAACCAGCACCAAUCCCCGGCUCCCACGCCCAGCCCAGAGCUCAGGCCCCUAAGCGAACCCCCUCCCACGCCGCCCAGCUCCUCUCCAACCACCUCCCAAAUAUACGUAUUUCAUUAGAACCUGGGGAACCCCUAGAUCCAGGGUUGAAGCAGGAGAUAAGUCAGCAGGUCAGAGAGUUUAGGGCGCAGAGACACAGCGAUAGGGGUCGCAGCCCGAAGGGGGUUAGUCAAGGGCCAGUCAGUCAGCCUAAUCCAGUACCCAACCCUUAUUCACCUGUUCCCAGCAGUCACAAAGAUAAGCCCAGAGACAGGCCUCUAUCUGCCCCCAAUCAGGCAGCCAUCCAGGGGCUAUUGUCUCCGGACCCACAGCUUAAGGCUCCUCAUCUGCAUCCUCCAGGAAAGGUCCAGAGUCCCCACUCUGGUUCAAACCCUGUUUCCAUCAAUAUGCUCAAACCGGUGGAGGAGCGAUCUAAGCUGAACAGACAGAGCUCCCCGGCGCUGCAGCCCAAAGUGUCCAACCGCAUCUCCGACCCCUCCCUCCCUCCCCGAUCCGAGUCCUUCAGCAGCGGGGGCAUGCAGCCCGCCCGCACCCCACCCAUCCACCGCUCCAUCGAACCACAGAUGGCUCACCUGGUUCCAGUGAAGACCCACUCGGGCUCCAUGUCCGGCUCUCAGUCUCUGCAGGACCAGACCGGCUCGGCUCUGAGCGAGGCCGUCAGCGCGGGCUCCCCGCGGCCCGAGAUGCCCCGCCAGAACUCGGACCCCACCUCAGACACCCCAGGACCCCCGCUGCGCAUCGCCGGCAGGGAGGAGCGGGACCGAGAGCGGGAGAGGGACAGGGAUCGGGACAGAACCGCCUGGCUGAGAGAGGAGGACAUCCCGCCCAAGGUCCCUCAGAGGACCACUUCCAUCUCCCCAGCCCUGGUUAGGAAGAACUCCCCUAAUGGAGGAGUGGGUCUGGGCCCUCGUGCAGGUUCCCAGCUCAUACGGGCCAGUAACCCAGACCUGCGGCGCUCGGAGCUCUCCCUGGACGCCAUGCUGCAGAGAACCUCCUCCAACUCGUCAUCUUCCUCCUCCCCUUCAUCUCAGGGAGGCUCAGCCGAGAGGAGAGGUCAAACCAAGCAGGAAGGAUCCCCUCCAGGAGCCAAUCAGGAGGCAAAGCCCAAACAGGAGGAGGGUCGUGAAUCAGCCAGACCCAGCAGACCUGCAGACUUAAGUGCGUUGGCCAAAGAACUCAGAGAACUGAGGGUCGAGGAGGGAAGCAGACCUCCAGUCAAGGUGACGGACUACUCGUCCUCCAGUGAAGAAUCAGAGAGCAGCGACGAGGAUGGGGAGACGGUGGGUCACGAUGGGACCGUCGCCGUUAGCGACAUCCCCCGCAUCAUGCCAGCAGUGCAGAGCAGCGGUGAAUCGUAUGGAGGGCUGACAGAGGACUCUCUGGGAGAUGCCUAUAAUAGCUCCAAGGACGGUACUCUGGUGAUGAGAGAGGCGGAGGAAAGGAGGAGAGGUGGUCACGGUGAGAGUAAUGGGUUCGGGAAUCACAGUAACCAUGGUAACCUCCCUGACCUGGUGCAGCAGAGCAACUCUCCGUCAGCCACGCCCACCACAGCGCUGCAGGAGCUGAGCGACAUGGCCGAGUUCGGUGUGGGCGGGUCCAAAGCGUCAUUCACCCCAUUUGUUGACCCACGGGUCUAUCAAACCUCCCCAAGUGACGACAAUGAGAAUUCAGCAGCAGCCAUGUUUGCCAAUGAGCUGCUGAGGCAGGAGCAGGCCCGACUGAACGAAGCCAGAAAGAUCUCUGUGGUGAACGUCAACCCCACCAACAUCAGACCUCACAGUGACACGCCAGAGAUCCGUAAAUACAAGAAGCGCUUCAACUCUGAGAUCCUGUGUGCCGCGCUCUGGGGUGUGAACCUGCUGGUAGGGACAGAGAAUGGUCUAAUGCUGCUUGACCGAAGUGGACAAGGUAAAGUCUAUAACCUGAUUACCAGACGGCGCUUCCUGCAGAUGGAUGUGUUGGAGGGCCUCAAUGUGCUAGUUACUAUAUCUGGGAAAAAGAAUAAGUUGCGGGUCUACUAUUUGUCCUGGCUGAGGAACAGAAUAUUACACAAUGACCCGGAAGUAGAGAAGAAGCAGGGUUGGAUUACAGUUGGAGAGCUGGAGGGCUGUGUGCAUUAUAAAGUUGUUAAAUAUGAGAGGAUUAAGUUCCUGGUGAUUGCUCUUAAGAACUCUGUGGAAAUCUAUGCCUGGGCUCCCAAACCCUACCACAAGUUCAUGGCCUUUAAGUCAUUCACUGAGCUGCAGCAUCGACCCCAGCUGGUUGACCUGACAGUGGAGGAAGGUCAGAGGUUAAAGGUCAUCUACGGCUCCAGCGUGGGCUUCCAUGUCAUCGACGUGGACUCGGGCAACCCGUACGACAUCUACAUCCCCUCACAUAUCCAGAGCCAGGUUACGCCCCACGCCAUUGUGGUGCUGCCGAAGACCGACGGGAUGGAGAUGCUGCUGUGCUAUGAGGACGAGGGUGUCUACGUCAACACCUAUGGUCGAAUCACCAAGGACGUGGUGCUACAGUGGGGAGAGAUGCCUACCUCUGUUGCCUAUAUCCAUUCUAAUCAGAUUAUGGGCUGGGGUGAGAAAGCCAUAGAGAUCCGCUCUGUGGAGACGGGCCACCUGGAUGGAGUCUUUAUGCACAAGAGAGCCCAGAGACUCAAAUUCCUGUGUGAGCGGAACGAUAAGGUAUUCUUUGCAUCCGUGCGUUCGGGUGGUAGCAGCCAAGUUUUCUUCAUGACACUCAACAGAAACUCUAUGAUGAACUGGUGAUGUCUCUUCCUGUCCACUCUGCCUCACUCCUCCUCCCAUCGGCCAACCUGGCAACCCACCUUGGCCCACCGCACAUCUCACAACCCGAUUGAGCCGAGAGGCCGCAAACGAACUCUUUUAACACUGGAGAGACUAAUAUGGUGUAGAGAAAACAAAAAAAAAGAGGUUAUUUUAGAGAAAAACAACAAAGACCAGUCCUAAGUGAAGAGUCAAGUUAUCGUAGAUUAAAGUCGGGUCAUGCAGAAGCCAUCGUUACUCAACUGACUGGCAAACUGGUGCCACUGACUUUCCAAAUAUUCCCUUCUUCCCUCUUUCUCUGCAACUCUUCUGUGUCGUCCUUCUGUCUGUCUCCUCUCCAAACGGACCAGUGCAUUCGAGUGUUCAGCAGCUGUAGAAAUACACUUUAAACCUGCCUCCUUCCGUCUUCCCUUUUCUUAAAGCCUUUGCUCCAUGCCUCCUUCCCGGUAGAUCAAAUCACUUUAUCAGUCCUUUGAUACCCAUGUCCUCCAUUUUCCUCAUUUCCUGUCCACCACGUGUGGGCUCAUUCGCAGGGAAUUACACCUCAGAGGCCGGAGGAGCGUCAGACGAAUACAAUUUCAUCUAAAUUUAAAUACGCUUCUGAAUAUGACAGUGCAGGGAGGGAGGGCGAGCUGAGAGAUGACAAAUCUGCUCUGGAUGGCGGCGAUGAAAGCGGACAGCCUGAUUGAUUUUCUUUCUCCUCUGUCACUCCCUUCCUCCUCCGCUUCCUCCCCUUGCCAUCUUUUUUUUUGGGUCUCUGAGUAAACUGAAUUGUGAUGCGGCGUUCGAUCGCAAUUUCCCCCCGAUAGAGAUGCAGCGGGACGCUCUGCUGUGGCAGUAUGCAAAGAUGAUGUCCCUUUAAAAAAAAGAAAAAUGAAAUCACUAAAUCACUGGUCCAUCCCUUUCUUCCUCUUUCCUCCCCCUUCACACAGCAUUAUCAUGAUCUCCCCUCUCUUCACUCUUUCUUCUUUAAACUCUGAAGGUGCUGCAUCAGAUAUACUGUAAUAUUAAAAUGAACAAUGAGAGCGUCAUUCUGUUCAUUUCUGUUCUUUUUCUUUCUCUGUGGAACAGUUUGGAGUCAGUCAGUCUUUGAGGUUUGAUGAAAAUGUACAGCACAUCUGUGUCUCUGAAAUCAGGAGUGUAUGUUGUGUGUGUGUGUGUGUUUGACUCCAUGUCGAAAUGAGUCCCGUUCAAAUUAAGUCUGAAUCAAAGUAGGACGUUUGAAAUCCGUGUCCAGCAAGAGUCGAGUGACUCCGUCUUCGUGCGUGAACUUUUACCUUCAAGCAACAUUGAGUGUGUUUACAUGCAAGAUUUCCGAUGUUGUCUUCUUAGUAUGACGUUUAUGAGUUGGUGUGUGUGAACACCGUGCAAAUAGGCAAUAUUAGUGGUUGAUUUUUGGAGUACGUUUUUCCGUUUCCUUUAACAAAGUAGUGUGUCGACCAUUCACAGACGCGGCCGUGUGGCUGCAGGAGAUAAGAUGCAUAAAAACAGCUUAUCCUGGAUACGACCUCAACAGGAUAUGAGCUACUAUCCCAAAUAUUGUGUGCAUGUGAAAGCACUCAUUGUUGAAAACUGUGGUGUCCUUUUCAAAUCAUGCUCCUUCUUCCUGGUUGGUUCUUCUGAUUUUGGCUCCUAACUGUUUGUACAGUGCCUAGCAUGAUGUAAGCAAAACUUAAAUGGAGGCCAAAAGAUUAUUGCUCACAUUAUAACUAAUAUUUUCUUUUUGACUAUACGGUUACAUUACAGGGGUUUCUGUUUUGGGUUUGUGUGUGUGUGUGUGUGUGUGUGUGUGUUAUUAUCUAACUUUAACACAUUGCUGGUGUUAUUUGUCUCCUCUGUCGGAGAUGUACAUUAACACAUUUAAGAAUUGAUUUAUUCUUUGAAAGGAGCAACUGAUAAAACUUUGCCCAUUUCCUUCCAAAUACUUCGAGCAGCACAUCAAUGCAUUUGGUAUUAAAGAGCCAUAUUAUGCAAAAAUCCAGUUCGUCAUUGUUUUAAGCAUUAUUAUGUGUCCUCAGUUUGUCUGCAAACCCACAAAUAAGAGGGAAAAAAAAUCCCCUUGUGUAUUUCUUACCAGCUAAUUCAGUCGUGCAGCCUGUUGUGAUGUCACAGCGGGAUAAGCACCGCCCACAACUGGCUCCUCCUCCUCCUCCUCUGGGCAGCAGCUGCCCAUUUGGAUUUAAAGUUACAAACACUGAAAACCGUUCAUCUGUGCAGUAUUUUGAGCUGAAACACAACAUUGCAUAUUGUGGGGACGUGUAAGACGUUUAAUAACUUGUUUGAAAGGAGUUAAAUAUGGGACCUUUAAUUUUCUAUUGAAGGUGGACUAGUUCAUGCUUAAAACAUGAUGCGAUUUAGUGUUUUAUUUCUUGUGAAUCUACUGCAGUAUUCAGACGAUCCACUGAUAUACAACACGGAGAGGAGUAAAGCUGCUCCUGAAGAGGCACAGUGGCAGAUUUUCAAGCCUUUGGUUUUUACUUUUAAACCACCGUCAACCUGAAAACAAGCUCGAGGCAACUCACGUAGAAGACAAUCACUUAUAGACAAUUUAAAAUAACACGUUUGGGACUGUGACAUCAUUAGCCUAAUUGAUGCAAACUGAUAUCUUUGAAGCUGUUUUCUUUCCAACCAAAAGCUUGAAAAACUGCCUUUAUUCUACUCUCUUUUCCUGGAGUGAGUUUACGCUUACAUACUGCAGUUAUGUCCGCAUGUUGGCGGAUGGUUAACAAAUGUAAGGUGAUACAUGAAAAUAGACUAACUCCUACAGGAUGUAAUAAUCCUUCGAAUCCAUUUUAUUCAGUUGAUAGAUUAUUAAAUGUUUUCUGUUGUGUUUUCACAUCCAUACAGUAGCUGUUUCUGUGCAGCUGUAAGUUAGGUUCACUGGUCUCUCAUUUUAGCAAUAAAGAGCCGAGCUGAAGAAAACCACUGUCUUCCCGUGUGUGUGUGUGUGUGUGUGUGUGUGUGUGUGAUUAAUGAUCAAGCGUGAAUGGGGCAUUAUUACUGUGUGUUUUACUUUGUCCAUCGUGGAAUUCACUGUUCCCAUUGGAAAACUGCUGACGGUCAUUACACUGAGGUCUCUCCUUUCAAAGAUGAAACCACUGUAUUCUUUAUUCUGUUUAAUUCCUGUUUUCUUUUAUUUUGAAAGAGCAUUACUAAUGUCCUGUUUUGGGAUUUAUUUGUUUUGUAAAAGAGAUGCUGUAAGAGAGAAAUAAAUGAAACUAGCAUUA